AUGGGGUCAACGCCGUGGUUGCAGAACGCGCCGCCGUACCGCGUGGUGGAGACGAACUGGGAGACGGAGGACGACACCCCCGGCCCGCGCUGCGGCCACACCCUCACCGCCAUCGCUGCCAGCAAGAACCACGGUCCCCGUCUCAUCCUCUUCGGCGGCGCCACCGCCAUUGAAGGCGGCCCCUCCUCUUCUGUGCCCGGCAUCAGUGAGUUCUUCCUCUUCCGGUUCUUCUAUGCCGAUCACUCCAUUCUCGCGGGUUGCGGAGUUGUGCUAAGAAAUAUGGGUCCUCAAUAUUGCUCUUGGUGUGUAGGGUUAGCGGGAGUGACGAACUCGGUCCACGCUUAUUGUGUUGUCACGAGGAAAUGGACCAGGCAGGAUUUCACCCCUUCUUGAACGAUCCCUUUUCUCUAUCUCGUUGGAGAGGGGGAUUUACUUUCCUUCGAAUUGGCCGCUAACAGCGGGAGCCUUUGACCGUGCAGGUUGCGUCCUGCUGGAGACCCGCCUUCCCCCAGGGCUGCUCACGCGGCUGCUGCUGUUGGCACUAUGGUCGUCUUCCAGGUAUUGACCACGCCGAGUUCCAUUUUUUCGCUCUGUGGAUCUCAUCCUGCUCGGGCUCUCUUCUUUUCUCCAUGCAAAGAUGAAUAGUUCGGUGAUUUCAGGGCGGUAUUGGUCCGGCUGGGCAUUCCACUGACGACCUCUACGUGCUAGAUUUGACUAACGACAGAUGCAAAUGGCACAGGUUGUUAUCAGCUCAGACAAUUCGAUUAUUUCUGCAUUAUUGUUAUCAAUUAAGUUGAAAAAAAAAUUGCCUUCCAAAUUUCGCAGAGAAAUCUCGCCAGCUCUCGAUUUCUUAUAUUCCCUUAUUAACUAUAUAUUUCGCUGGUUAAUGGCAGGGUGGUUGUUCAAGGGGCAGGUCCAGGGCCUCGCUAUGGGCAUGCUAUGGACCUGGUUGCACAACGAUUUAUUGUCACCGUCAGCGGCAACGAUGGUAAACACAAUGUCUUGUCUGAUGAGUAGACUUACUCAGAAGUGUUCCUAGAUUUAUAUUUGAGAACGAACACAUGAUGAUGCAUUAAUUGCAUGAGUUGUGUGCAUCACCCAGAAGCCUUUUCUGGAUUUGGAAAAAUGAAAAACUUAUGGAUAAUGGCUUUGGUAGAAAGUAGUGUAGGAGUUUGGAAUUUGGAAAACGUGAUAAAUUAUAUGUAUGUGAUUCUGAUCUCUGGAGAGCAGUGACAUCUACUGGCCUAUUUAUUUUCUCAUCUUGUUAUGUUAUAUCAUGAUGUGUAUUCCAUUUGUACAUUUGAUUCCUAUUUUCUUAUGUGUUUUCAUUCUGCUCUCUCUUUUGUUGCCGCAUGAUUCUCUGUUUGGUCAUAUUUCGGACGCCACAUUAUUAUGAAUGAUAAUUUUUUGACCUUUCUAUUUUUUUUCUAAAUUUUCUCAAAAAAAAAAGUUAGAUUUCUUAGUGAUUAGGGUUUAGCUUUACUUCGCUAUCUGCCCAUGUUGGAGGAACGCUCUUUAUGAUGUUUUAUCUCUCAAACAUUGUGAAAUGGACCUGUUUCAUGUAUAUUUCAAGCAUUACUAUCUUAAGCAAUUUAUGAAGAACAAUAAGCAAUGUUAUAAACAAUUAAUAAAACGUAAGUUUUUAAAGUUUAUGAAACUAAGAUAGAUGUGAAGGGAUCCCAAUGGUGAGAAAUUUGAUCUAAGACAAAUCCAUAAAGCAUGCUUAUCAUCCACGACAUGUUGCACCAAGGAUGAGGCUCUUGUCUCCAUUUGAUUCAGUAAAACCUAUAAAUUAAAGUUAAUGUCUGUUAGUGCAUUAAAUGGGUAGCUGAUAAUCCUCGAAGGAAGGAUUACAUCAAGAAACAUACUUCAUUACUGAAUUCUUCGAGCUGCCAAAGUAUUUAGUAAUGUGAGAAAAUAGUUGAAUUUCGAUUUAAUACCAAUUUUGAAGAGUCUGGUGCUCUAGUUGGGUGUAAAAAAGACUGUUGCUGUGGUGUAAUGUGACUGUCUAUUAUAAGAUGAUUAGAUAGAUGACAUUUUCCAGAAAUAGUUUGACAUUGUUUAGGUUGAGACGAAGGAGUAUUGGAAAAGUGUUGGGAUUAUGUCAUGGGUCAGAUGUAUGCAGAGGAUAAUCCAAUAAAGAACAGAUUAAUGAUUUUGGUUGUGAUAAGCGACUUGAAUGAGCCUCUGUGGACCUAGGUGAUUAUGGGAGAGAUUGUUGAGUCUAGAGGCCUAGUGUUUAAAACUCCUAAUAUCCUAACAUCUAGACUAUCAAUUUCUCAACCAGAAAGCCUAGAGUAGUAACAGUAGAGAUUUAUGGUCCGAUGGAGGGGAGAAGUAGAUCAACCUGUUAGGACCGAUUCUAUCUAUAUUUUCCCUCGAUCUCAAGCCAUUAGCCUGGGAGACCCAUCACAACCCAUGUAGAAAAAACCUCCAAAAAUGAGGGAUUUGAUAUCUAGGAGCCAUUUUGGAACUGGUGGAAGAUGCACAGUAAUAGAAGCGGGAGAGAAAAGGUUGGGCUUCUAUUGUUUGAGCCUUGUUCUCAGAUUGAUCAGGAGGUGGACAUUGACAAGGAGAAUGGGUGUUUGGUUUUCUUCUUCUCCAUCCCAGAAUGUUGGGAGUAUGUCGUAGUGGUGGGCAGCUGGUACUGUCCAAUGGGACUAGGAGAAAAUCUAGUGAGGUACGUUGGUUCAUUAUGAGAUAAUUCAGCUAUCAACACUCAGUGUGGCGAGUUAGCUCUUGAUUCUAUCAUUUCUUGACAUUCAUUGUUCAGAGUCUACACUUGCUCAGGGCAUUUCUUUCAUCCUUAACACAUCCAUGGUACCAUCCGCUUUCAAGAGAAAUUGAAUUUGGGGAGAAAAUAAUUUAUUGCGGGAGUGAAGUGAUCAUGCACCAGCUGAUUGCCUAUAAAAAUUAUUUUUCCCUUCAGCAACAGGGAAAUCACUUGGUCCUGGGCUGAUGGUUACCAACGGUUGGGGGAGGAGUUUGAGUCUGUGGCAGCCAACGAGGAGCCCACCCUACCUCCUCCCCAACCCAAACCUGAGUGUUGACUGGAAGUAGUUGUCCUGUCAUCCCUUGGCGUCAAGAAGAGAAAAUAGAAAAAUCACUUGUGCUCCAGUAAACAGAUUGUAGUAUUCAUUGUGGUAGACAUGUAUUCCCAUAACCCACAUCUCUUGAGUUUUAUUGGAUAUAAUUCUAUAGCGAAUGUUACUACUUCCUAGUCCGGUAAUAUAUACUGUACUUUUUCUGCCCUAACUUCUUUUACUCAGUCUUCAUCAUUUGAUAAUUAGCUUCAAUAUGCCCCUAAGCAUAUAUAUAUUACCCAUGUACAUUAUAAAAAUAUCAUUUGGAAUUCGAAACUGUGAAGUAAAAAAACUAGUGAUGUGCUGGUACAUGUUCAGUAAAAAGAAUUUUUCGUAGUAACAUUAAGGAAAAUGAAAUAAAGGAAACUUCUUCUUUGACAUCUAUCUUUAUAGCCCAACAGAUUGGCUGCUAUUCAUAUUUGUGCUCAUAUCUCUCCUUCAUAAUAUGUUAAAAAUCAUCUCUCUUCCACUCUACACUUUUAUCCAUUGCCACUGAAAGACUAUUGUAAGUCAAGCCAUUCACAUUCGAUGAUGAUGACUGUAAAUUCCCUAAGGGGAUUAUAGUUUCUUCCGAACUGAGGUUAAAGACGACCACGAACUAUACCAGUGGAUUGCAGUCUACUUGUUUACAUCUUAAAGAUUAUUCCUAUCUACCAGGUGCCAUUAUGGAUAGGAAAUGAAACAUUGCUUACCUUCUUAAUUUACAGCCGUGAAAUGAAGUGAUCAUCUCAAUACGAUGCAAAUGGGAUAUGUGACCAUUUAUGGUCUUACGAAGAGGAGCAGAAGUUUCAUGUUUUUUCGCAGAUUUCAAUGUUUUUGGCAUUAACAUGUACUGGCGAGACAAUUUCUCGUAUUUUUUUGUCCGUUUUCUUUUCUACCGUAUAAUGUUUAAUGUUAACUGUUACCCAUCGAAGGAAAUUUCAAUUUUUAAGUGUUCAAUGCAGGGAAGAGAGUUUUGUCAGAUGCUUGGGCUUUGGACACUGCGCGAAAACCCUAUAAGUGGCAGAAGAUCAAUCCUGAAGGUGAAAAGCCCACUGCCAGAAUGUGAGUCAACUUAUCUUAUUUUUCCUAAUUCAUUGUACAAUGCUUUUUUUUUUCCUCCGAGACGAUCAUAUGUGUUGAUGUUUCUCUUUGCAUGUAUAAAUCAUUUUCUGGGUAGAAUAAACUGUAUCUUUCAAAAAUCUACUCAUGUUCUCCUCCUUUGUAUUACACGAUAAUGAGAAUGUCUGUCAUUAAUGAGAAUUUUGAAAGAUGAACAAGCUUGCCUGGUUUUGUAGAAAUGGCAGCAAGAAAUAUAAAACGAAAAUAAGAUAUUGAGAACGCUAACAUCGGAACUUUUUAAUAGAAAUACUGCACAAUUGCACUGAGCAGAAAUGAAAGAUUUUAUGAUUAACUGUUUGAAUGUUUUAUUCUAAUCAUAUUCUUAAAGUUUUGGAUGAGAAUCUCUCCCUUAAGGAAUGAAGCUCUGAGAAAUGUUCUCCAUCCAAGUGUAGUUAGUCUUAGGAAGUGAUAUGUGGAAUAAGUUUUCUGGUGAAAUAUGAUGAAAUUAAAGAUAAAAUUCUCUGAAAUGAUGAACUGGUUCGGGUCCCAAGGUUGGAUAAUCACCAGGCAUUUGCUGCAGACUUUCUCUUGGCGGAGUUUAUUGAGAAGGGCGUGAUUCAGGUUGUUGAUUUUCUCUGGGCCCUGAAUAAUAUUUACGUGUUGCAUGUUGACGCUACCACAGAUUCAUUAACUAUGAGAAUUACAUAUGGGAGUAUAUACUGAUUUGUAUAAUCAGUUGAAAGUAAACUGCUACUCCACGAUAAAAUAGUCUCUUCUUUCUACGUUCAGAACAUUCUUGCUCACUCUUUUACCCUUGCAUAAAUAGAGAGAAUGAAACGCUUUAAGUUUAGAGUCUCUUGUAUCUAAUUCUGCAAUUGGUCUUGUCAUUUCAAGUAGCGUAAAAUGUGACAUGUACUACGGACCAUGCUACUCAUCUGUUCAUGUUACCAUUCUCUGAAGCUAAAUUUUGCAGCAGUACAAAAGCAGUAGUUGACGAGAUUCCUAAAAGUUGGACACAAGCAGCCUCCCACCACGAAUGAUUAAAAACUUAGCUUGUGCCAUGUCUGGUUCUUCAGUCACCUUAAAAUGUAGUUAAAGGUUUUCCUUAAGGAAAUGCUCUUGCCUCAUUUAUCCUUCCGAAAUAAGUUCUAUGAACAUUGCAAAGCCAAUCUUACGGCUGUUCAAUACUGAAGAACACGUCUCCAUGCACCUUGGAGAUGUAUCGGUGGGCUAAAGCUCGAAUAGCCUUCUUCUUAUGUACUAUUUAUGCUGUCCCUCUACAAAGUAUCUUCUUCCAUUCUCAAGUGCAGCGAUCGAAAUCCUUGAUAUCAGUGAUAUAAAUACUUCUAUUUUCUUCUGUUUUGCUCAAUCUCGGGCCCGAUUGAUGUCAUGCCACCCUUUGAUUUUAUCAUCGUUUCCUCGCAGAAAUCUUCACCUGACAGUCCCUAGGAUCUGUAAUAUAUAGAUAGACAAGCUGAAAAGUUCAGAGCUACUAUCAAGAAACACUCAUGCUACACUUCAAUUAAAGCGAUUUCCUAGGAGUUCUAAUAGCACUUUGCUGUCGACGAAUUACUCAGUAACCGAAGAUAAAAUAUACUACUUUCGGCAUUCUGUGGUAUAUGAAAAAAACCUAAAGUUAGUAAUUAUGUUUACACAUGAUGAAGGCAUUCCGGCUCAAGGUAACUAACGAACUUUCAACACAUCCAACUCUUGUGGCCAGCAGUUUUAGAAAUGCCUGUACACUCCAUUAAUGAGUCUAAUUCUUGUGGCCAGCAGAAAAUAAUGAGGCUAGUUUUACCGGGAACCAAUCAUUGUGUGGAGAGCACAUGAAAAUUAAAUAAAUUUCAACCAUUGCAGCUAGAUUUAGGCCGUCGAAGUACAAUAGGUCAAAGAUGCACAACAGGCGUGUCUUUUCUAUGUGUGAGGAUUAAUCUUGAAGAUCAAAUAUUUCAUCAGAUUCAUGUGAAUGACGUCAUUCAAUCUGUACAUCAUGAAGAUGCUUAGUUGGAAACAAGAAUGAUGCUUGAAGGGCAAAAGUUGGACGUCCAAAAUUCUCCAAGUUGUCUUCCUUAUGGACUAAUGAAGAAUGCUUGGGAGGUUGAGAAAUGAUUUUUCAGUAUUCCAAUGAGUAGUUUAGUUUUUUAAAAAUUUUAAGGGAUGACAGAGUCUGACGUCUGAUUCUGCCUAUGAAACAAGGAUUCAAUAACAGAGAAGGGACAAACGGGUCAUCUGAUACUUGGAAGGAUGGGAUUCAAGUGGGUCAGUCCAAUGCCAAAUGCAGAUGAUAUGUAUAUGCGGUCUCAGCAAGAUAUUUAAUUAGAGAAUCAUGGAUCAGAUUAUCUUUGGGCUGCCGGCUUUGUCAGAAUAUUUACCAUCAGUUGAAAAGACUCGCUUCUGGUUUCAUCAUUCAAUAAUGCAAAUUUAAUGGUCUAUGUUCUAGCUGCCGAUGUGCAUGCAAUGAAACCAAGUGGAAAGAUAAGAUGGAGAGAUGUUGCUAGAACGUCUAUUUUUGAUAAAACAGUUUUGUCAUCAUCAUACAUUUCUAACAACAUUGUUGCACACUUCCUUUUUAAUCUAGGUUUGGUGCUUCAAAUUAUUCUCCCCAUAUUAUCUUGCACAGUUCUUGCAAUAUUGUAUCAUGCAUUCGUUCCACAAACCAGUUGCUUGAGUAUCCAUGAUGAUGUUUUGUUUAUGGGGCAUCUUUUCAUUUCAGAACUCUGAACUUAUUUCGUAUCUGUAGGUAUGCAACAGCAAGUGCACGAUCCGAUGGAAUGCUCUUACUUUGUGGUGGAAGAGAUUCUUCUAACACUGUAUGUUUGAUUAACACUGUAUCUUUCUACUGCUGUAGUGGAUCUAAAGAAUUUCUGUGCUAGGAAGUCCACAUGCCCACUUCUAGUUGUUGAACACGAUUAUUUUUGGAUAUGGAUUCAAUCUAUAGUUUUACUAGAGAAUCUGAGAAGAUAAAAGUUAUAUUUUGUUUCUUUGCUGUAAUGAUGGGACAUAGAUUGAUUGGGAAGAAGAUUGGAAACUCGUUUUUUGCAAUAAUCACCUACCCUGUUCAGAAGAAAAGGUAGAAAAAAAGAUAUUCUAAGGAAUAAAAGAAGACAAAAAAGAAAAGGAAGUGGAGAAAACCCAUCUUUAAGUUUUGUUGCCAUCUGUGUCCCUUAUGGAAUGGUAUAGCAACUCGCGCACUAGAGGGCAUAGACCCAUCUGGAUUCACAGUCCUUUGUUAUCACACAUAUCAAAUUAGAAUUAUCUUCCUAAACUUGUAUCACUUGUUUUCUUUAAACUUUAGCUUGUAUCAAAAGGUAUUGUCAUUUGAUGAAAACCUCCUGGUCAUGGCAUUUUGCAUAUGCAUGCAAUGGUCUCGUUGAAGCAUUUCAUCUGUGCUGCUAAUGAUUUACCAUAAUUCCCCAGCCACUUGCGGACGCUUAUGGGCUUUGUUUGCAUACUAAUGGCCGUUGGGAGUGGGCUCUUGCUCCUGAAGCAUCUCCUUCUCCACGAUACCAGCAUUCAUCGGUAUGAGUUAUGUUGAAUUUUAUGUAGUUGUUACUUAUUGAGUUUUCAUGUUGAAGAUGAAGAUGGAAACGUAUGUUGCCUCUGGUAAAUAAAUGAUGACUGAUCUUUCCUGUUUUGUCCAGUUCAUUCCUGUUGCAUGUAGAUGUUUUUCUCCCAUACCAUUAAUCUUUUAAUCUGCAUGUUCACAGGUUUUUGUAGAUGCCCGACUUCAUGUCACUGGAGGUGCUCUCCGAGGAGGACGGUCAGUUGAUGGUGAAGCUGCUAUUGCAGGUGAGUCUUGAUUCCUUCUCUUUGUUUUCUGAAGAAGAUUAUGUCCUGGCCAGUGUGUGCCAGACUAUAUAGCAAGACAUUAAAAUGGGGGGGGGGGAAGGACUUUUUUUUUUUUAAAUUUAUUUUAUCUUAGCUGGUUACAGGGGAUCGUAAUAUUGUUAAAAGUGAAUUCUGUCACGGUAAAAACCAUAUCGAAUUGAAAUUAUGCUUUCCGGUUAGUUUAAUCUGUCAUUGUCAUGUCUAGAAAGUAUUCUUUAUGUGGUAGACGCUUUGCUCAAAACUCAAACUUUUGAAUGACCUUUUGAAUUGUAUAAAUGGACUAUGUUCCAGUUUAAAAAAUGUCAUAUUAAUAUUUCCUUGUGUGUCUUAUCUCUGGAAGUUCUGGACACUGCUUCCUGGAUAUGGUUGGAUAGAAAAGGUCCUGUUACCUCUUCUCGGACGAACAAAGCUUUAAGUCCUGAUCCAUCAGUGGAGCUCUUGCGCCGAUGCCGCCAUGCUUCUGCUUGCGUUGGGGCUAGAAUUUACGUCUAUGGUGGUCUUAAAGGAGGUAAGGAAGGCCCUUUUAGAUUUUCCAUCUAGUUUUUAUAUUUCGUUUUUCCAAAAGAUCCACGAUCUCCACGGCUUAGAUCUGCAUCUCUUAAAAUAUUAUGAAAUCUAUAUUUUCAGUAUGAAUGAUAUAUGCCAAUAAAUACAUACAAAUGUAGAGGAAAAUAAACAAGGCUACAAUUCUGAAACUGAGGGUGAUAUCUGUGCGUUGAAAGUCUUAAUAAAUUGUUUGAGAAAGCCUUCGCCAUCUGGUAGAAAGAACAAAAAUGCCCCAGAAUCCUUUUAUAUCUAUGAGAGGCUGAAGUUCAUGGCAGCCGAAUUACUUUUUUAAGUGGUUUGAGCCCCUUGAAAGACUGUAUCGGAGUGUAUCACUUCUGAUUUCCUGUGUGCUCAACUCUUGGGCUCAUUGAAAUUGAAUCAGAAAUCCUUCUCCUAAGAAAGGAUGCCAAUCAAUUACAAAAGCAAAUGGGUAGGUAAUAAUUCUAUAGCUAGAUGUAAGGUUAAGCAUCCAUGUGACAUGUAUACUGCUAUUGUCAGAAGCAAUUGUGUUCUUGUUGUAGUUCUUUCUUUAAGUUUGACUAUUCAUGAUCUGCUAUCUUCAACGUUUUUAUCUGCAGAACUUUUGCUGGAUGAUCUUCUGAUUGCGGAAAAUACACCUCCGCCGGUUGAUAGUAAUUCUUCUAUGAUACCUCUGUCAAGGCCUUCUUUGACAAGUUCAAGAGAUAUUUCGUCCAUGGUCGGUGAUUCAUCUACUGAGCUACCAACUUCAUCCGAUAGCCAACAAGUGGCCUCAUCUGCCUAUUCUAGGUUCGUUUUUUUUUCAUUUUCUAAGUCAAUCAUCUCAAAGGGAUGCUAUAUAGUUACUGCCUAGAUUAGAUGUCUUCUACCAUAAAUCUAAAAUAUACAUAUUUUUUAUGACUGCACAAGACAACUUCAGUUGCUUCGUUGGAUUGAAUUUUUUUGUUUCUCUGUUCUAAAUUAAUCUGCAAUGCAAUUUCAGGUUGGACAAUGAAUCGAUUGAGAUACUCAUCGAGGCUUCUGCUGCAGAAGCUGAGGCUGGGAGUGCUGCUUGGCUGGCAGCAAAGGCAGCAUCUGAGGUUUCCAUGGAUGAUAGUUCUUCAGAUUUAGAUAGAUACACAGAUCAGGGAAAUGAUAAUUUGCAGUCCCAGGAAGAUUCACUUGAUGAUAACUCUCUUGAAACCCUUGAACCGGAUGUCAGACUUCACCCUAGAGCUGUAUGUUUCCCCUUUUGUCCUCUGUGAUUAUCUGUAUUUCUGUUCUCAGUAGUUGUUUAGUCCAGUGUUUGAGAUAUUUAUGGAGAUAAAAAUAUUCUACUACUGCAGGUGGUAGUUGCCAAAGAGACCGUUGGGAACUUGGGUGGGCUCAUACGGCAGCUUUCUUUGGAUCAGUUUGAAAAUGAGAGCAGAAGAGUGUACCCUUCAAAUUCUGAUCAGUCCUACAACGGAAAGAAGAAUCUCAACAGGCAAAGGUCACCUCAAGGGCUUCACAAGAAGGCAAGUAGAUUUCCUGGAAUGCCCAGUUCUAGGGUUCAUCAAUUAAUGUAAGUUAAUUAAUAACAGGCGUGUUUGGUUGCAGAUUAUAUCCUUACUCCUUAGGCCAAGACAUUGGAAGCCUCCUACUAAUAGAAGAUUUUUUCUCGACACCUAUGAAAUCGGUGAACUUUGCUAUGCUGCUGAGCAGAUUUUCAUUCAGGAACCCACUGUUCUGCAGUUGAAGGCCCCUGUGAAGGUAUUUGGAGAUCUUCAUGGACAGUUUGGGGACUUAAUACGAUUAUUUGACGAAUAUGGAUUCCCUUCAACUGCUGGUGAUAUCACGUAAGUCUCAUUCUCCAAUGCUCUCAGGGGUAAUGAAGUUACUGAUGAAAUGAAUUGAAAUAGCAUGUUAAUGAUAUUAUGGAGGCAUGAGAAUAAUGUGUCCGGAGCAUAUAGGUGUCUUCAUGCUGUUUCAAACAUUCUUGGCAGGUUGCAGUCAUAUCUAAGCAAGCCAAAUAUUUGGAAGAAGAAACAUGUCUUAAAAAAAUAGUCUCAUUUUCAGGUUAUUUUGGCAAUGUGAGCUGAUAUUCUCAUCACUCUGUUAGCUCCUAUAAUGUUGUUAACCAAUUGUUAUCAAACUCAACCUGGGGGGGGCAUUAAAACAUUAAGAACUGAAGAAUGGAGAGAAGAGAGAAGGAAACAGGAACAUGGUAUAUGCAGUUGUAGUUGCAUGGACUGGAAAACAGUGCUGAAAAGAGUGAGGACCACAACAGAAGAAGAGGUAUAGGAAGGGAACGAGGAUCUAUUGCUGUCUCAACGCUUCAGAACUUACAUGUUCUUGUGAUCAAGAGUUUUUAAGGACCAAAAAGGGUUUAGAAUUGUAGGAUGCCAAUAUUUAUUUAUUGCUCAUGUUCCUGCUGAAGUCUAUUAUCAAAAUGCUGAUGCACCAUUGUUCUUAGCCAAUAUAUUAGCCUUUGUACUUGAGUUUUUAAUAAUUCUGUAGGUUUUUGGUCACCCCAUGAAAUUUCCUGUUGUAGGUAUAUUGACUAUUUAUUUCUGGGAGAUUAUGUUGACCGAGGACAGCACAGCUUGGAAACUGUGACGUUACUUCUAGCUCUCAAGGUCAACUUUCUAUUCAUCUGAAUGCCCUUAAAGUUUAAAAUCAGUCUCUAAUUUUUCGAAUGUUUUGGCAGAUUGAGUAUCCAGAAAAUGUCCACUUGAUUCGAGGAAACCAUGAGGCCGCUGACAUAAAUGCUCUCUUUGGCUUCCGCCUGGAAUGCAUUGAAAGAAUGGUAGAGAAUGAUUACUGCUGUGUUUUUGUGCAUGUAUGUGUAUGAAUACUGAAGAAAUAAUCUGCAGGGAGAAAGUGAUGGGAUUUGGGCGUGGACGAGAUUCAACCAGAUGUUCAACUUCCUCCCGCUUGCUGCUCUGAUAGAAAAGAAAAUUAUUUGCAUGCAUGGUGGCAUUGGGAGAUCCAUCAACUAUGUUGAGCAAAUCGAGAAGCUUGAAAGACCUAUAACAAUGGAUGCAGGGUCGAUUGUUUUAAUGGAUCUUUUAUGGUAAUUCGUUAAAGCCAUUAGUACCCGAUAGUCUUCUUCUAGUUGGUCAGUGAAGUUUACUGCCUCUUUGUGAUCUGCAGGUCAGAUCCCACAGAAAACGAUACCAUUGAGGGUCUGAGACCAAAUGCGAGGGGUCCUGGUCUAGUCACCUUUGGGGUAUGCGGCAAUGCCCACUGCAUUCAUUUUAUCGUUCUGUGAUAAUUGUGCAUGUCACUCUGUUAAUUAUGUUAUUGCUUCGUCUUCAAUGUGUUUGCAAACUCUGAGCUACAUGGACUCUUGUUUGUUGUUCCCAAUCAGCAAUGUGAUACUUGAAUUGUGAAUUUAUGCUUUGCAUGAUCAGAACUUAGGAGAAACAUGGUUUCCUAUAGUUACAUGAAUACUGCUUAAAGCUUAAGUCCUUGUCACUGAUAGAUAGCUCCUAGAAAAGUAAUGAACAUGAGACAUUUGCUUCACUCUAUGCGUUUGACCCAGGUCUGCAGAUCAUUACCUAUAUUGUGACCAAGCAUGUUCUUCCAUUUGAAGUAGAUGCAACGAGUGGUUUCAGAAGAAAACAAAAUUUUAGUCACGAAUUUCCAGAGGAAAAUGGAAAUUAUUUACCCUCGAAAGGCCCUCAUUUCUGCAAAAAAAAAAAAAAUCUUUUUUUUUAACACAUGACACGUGCCAAUCCUAGGUUAGAAUUCCACCGAAAUCCUGUGUUGCCUCUUUGUUUGGCUCUGUUUCCGCUCCAUGGACUCUGACGAAUUUCUCCAUGGGAUCACUUCACUGUAAGCUUCUAACGUCUGUGCGCAUUCCUUCACAUAGAGAUUUCACAUAUCUUCAUUUCCUCAUGCAUGCUUCUUUCAUAUGAUCUCUCUUUAUCCUGAUGCCUACGUUCUUUGUCCGACGAUCCAUCUUCUGAGACAGGGGAAAUAGAUUCUUUAGGCUUGUGCUUGUAUAUAUGGAAAUUUCUCCGCAGGGUGCCAUUCAGUGCACACUACUACCUCUUAUAGCCGGACUUCAGCUCAAUGGAGAUCAUUUCAGUCUCCCUUCAAUGCAUCUGCAUUAACUGUGAGCUCUUCUCAUCAAUGGCGUCUACAUCUUUGCAGCCAGAUCGAGUCACAGACUUCUGUAAGAGGAACAAGCUGCAACUCAUUAUAAGAGCUCACGAGUGUGUCAUGGAUGGGUUCGAACGAUUUGCCCAGGGUCAACUGAUCACAGUCUUCUCAGCGACAAACUACUGCGGUGAUCUUUACAUUCUCAGCCCAAUAUGAUAUAAGUUCUACUUUUCUCAUCUGUUGCUGCAGGUUGACUCUGAAGUGUGAUUCUCCUUCCAGGGUCAGCGAACAAUGCUGGGGCGAUACUCGUGAUUGGAAGAGGGCUGGUGGUGGUUCCUAAACUGAUCCACCCGCUUCCACCUCCCCUUCAGUCUCCCGAGUCUUCACCAGACCGUGUUACUGAUUCCUGGAUGCAGGUGAGCCAUGUCUCCACUUCCAUCGCUUCCUUCUGAAAUAACAGGAUGCUCUAUCAUGAUGAGAACUGUGGGUGGGUGCCCCUUGAUCAUAAGCUAAUCCAAUUCUCUCUGGGGAGGCUGCUUGAUUCAGCUCAUAUAUUCACUGAUGGUACUUGCAUUGGAUCCAUGAAUUUCUCCCUGAACCACUUGCCAUGUAGAACAGAUAGCCAAUGGGCAAUGGGCAAUGGGCUGACAGUCAACUUGGAGAUCUCUUCCUUGCACGAUGGCAUUGGCCAUACAAUUCAAACCCAUUUCUGAUACUCGCAUCUUCUUUGAAUCAUCUGGUUCCCCCUACACUUGUGCUUGAAUAUAAUUUAAUCGCUCAAACAAGUUCUGCUGGUGGGCACUUGCAGGAGCUUAACAUCCAACGGCCGCCCACUCCAACGCGCGGCCGCCCGCAGUCUGCCGGUGACCGAAACUCGCUUGCAUACAUAUAA